AUGGUUGGCUCCCAGGGGCUUAAUGGUAACGCUGCGUCAUCUGACUCCCAGGAGCUCAAUGGUAACGCUGCGUCAUCUGACUCCCAGGGGCUUAAUGGUAACGCUGCGUCAUCUGACUCCCAGGGGCUUAAUGGUAACGGUGCGUCACCUGACUCCCAGGAGCUCAAUGGUAACGGUGCGUCACCUGACUCCCAGGAGCUCAAUGGUAACGGUGCGUCAUCUGACUCCCAGGAACUCAAUGGUAACGCUGCGUCAUCUGACUCCCAGCAGCUCAAUGGUGUGAACGCGCGCCAUCACCAUCAUGGCCGCCACGGGCGCGGGAAACACCCCAGGGCCGCCAACCUCUCCAGCAUCACGCCAGAGGCACAGAACAACACGGAAGUGGUCGCUCAGGUUGGCGGAACCGCCUCCAUUAAAUGCUACACACACUUUCUUGGCGAUGAAGUG